CCGGGGCGGAGAAUGGGAUCUCUUUACAUCGCUGUACAGUCUGUACACAAAGACAGUUCGCUCGCAUUACUGUGAAUGGGAUUAACUGCAACGUGGGAUAAAAUCAGAAUACGUCCCGCCUUCCGCAUGUAAGAUCCAAUCACGAACCGCUUAAUUCAUCCCGUCUCAGUAACUACAUUUAUAAACUCCGGUUUCCAUAGAAACAACCAGUGUCCCGCGAUUAGAGGUGCGCAUGCGCACUGACCGGACCAACCGGAAAUUUACGCCUAUACCGCUAUUUGAGCAUAGGAAACAACAUACGGGACAGUGUAUGUCGCAUUGUAUUGCUGUUUAGAAAUAUGCCAUUUAAAUGAGCUUCUCAAACAGUGUUGGCAUUUAGGUAUUUCCUCAUUCAAGCAGUCAGGGGUUGAUUUUGCAUGAGCAAAACAGCUGCCCGUUGAAAAUAUGGCCACCGAUUGAACCGAGUUCACAAGAAACGGAUUUUUAACUACAGUGACAGAGAGCAGAUGAACGGGUUGGUCGGGCCGAUGCGUGUGUUGGUGACGGGCAGCAGUGGACUGGUGGGGCGAGCGAUAGAGCGGGUGGUGAAAGAGGAGGGCGGAGAGAGAGGAGGAGAAGAAUGGAUAUUCCUGUCAUCCAAAGAUGCCAAUCUUAUGAGCGCAGAAGAGACGAGAGCAGCUUUCGAGAGACAUCGUCCGACACACGUCAUUCAUUUGGCCGCCAUGGUGGGAGGACUCUUCAGAAACAUGAGACAGAACCUGGACUUCUGGAGGAAUAAUGUGUUUAUUAAUGACAACGUGCUGCAGGCUGCUCAUGAGUUCGGUGUGGUGAAGGUUGUUUCUUGCCUUUCCACAUGUAUCUUUCCAGAUAAAACCACCUACCCUAUAGAUGAGACCAUGAUCCACAACGGUCCGCCUCAUGAGUCUAAUUUCGGUUAUGCUUACGCCAAACGCAUGAUUGACGUCCAGAACAGGGCGUAUUUUCAGCAGUACGGUCGGCGAUACACAGCCGUCAUCCCCACAAAUGUGUUUGGACCCCAUGACAACUACAACAUUGAGGACGGUCACGUCCUGCCAGGAUUGAUCCACAAGACGUACCUGGCGAAGAAGGAAGGUAAACCUCUGCAGGUCUGGGGUUCAGGUCGCGCUCUGCGGCAGUUCAUCUAUUCUCUGGAUCUGGCUCGUCUGUUUCUGUGGGUUCUGAGGGAGUACAACGAGGUGGAGCCCAUCAUUCUGUCAGUCGGGGAGGAGGAUGAAUUGUCCAUAAAGUUUGCUGCGGACUCUGUGGUUGAAGCGUUGGGCUUUGAAGGUGAUGUGAUCUAUGACACAAGUAAAUCAGACGGUCAGAUCAAGAAAACUGCCAGUAAUGUCAAACUACGCAAAUACCUGCCAGACUUCAAGUUCACGCCGUUCAGAGCUGCCAUCAAGGAGACGUGUGAUUGGUUUGUGGCCAAUUAUGACUCCGCCCGUAAAUGAAGAUCUUCACAUCUCAUUGGCUGUGGAGAGUUUGAACACUGUUCAAUGCUGGAAACCAAACAAUGACUGAUCAAACCACACUUAAUCAUUUUUACAAAGACAAACUGUGGAACACUGCCAUCUAACCCCUCGUUUCAUGCUUAAAUUUUUUUUUUUUUUUUUAAAUAUGUUCAUUUUCCAGGGAUGCAGUUACUAAAACUGCACAAUGCUGGGUAUUCAAAUGCAUUUAUCAAUGCAUAAACUGCUUCAGACAGCACUGCACGAGCUAGCGGCGCCAUCUAGCGGCUAUGUGCGGGACAACCUUAGUAUCUCAACCAAGGUUUAGUAUUUGAAAAUGUGUAAAAUUUUAUUUUAUGAUUGUUUUAUGGUUAAUGCAUGGUUGUGAGAAGGUAGUGCAGUUAUCAAAUCGCAAAAGCUGCGGUUUAAAUAUAUCCGACGUGAUACAUGUUUGUAGCGACUGUAUAGAAAUCUGUUGUCAGCAAAACACUGCUUCUUGAGGCCAAGUCACGUGGUUUCAGCAAACGAGGCUUCGUUACGUCAUACUGUUUCAAGCCUUGGUUUCGAAACAUUACAAAAUUCGCUGCUAGAUGGUGAGCUGGUGAACCAAUGAAGGAGUUUCUAAUAGUUGACUUUGGGUCAGUUUUGUUCAUUUUUAAUUAAUUUAAUCAAUUUUAAUACUUGUGCGUGUAUAAUGCAAUAAAGGAGAAUGAUACUGGUAGGGUAGGUGAUGGCUAGCUUUAAAAGCAUAAUCAAAGACUAGGAUACCCAAGACAUGUCACUCCUAUAAUUUUUAAAGGGGAAAAAUGCAACGCUCAAUCGCAGGAAGCCCCGCCUUCUGAAUGAAAGAGCCAAUCACUAAUCGGUAAAGUCAGCGCGUCACUGCAGCUGCGGUUAGAAGUCCCGGUUGCUAUAGAAACAGUCAGCGUUUUGAGACGUGCGUUUAGGACUGCGCAUGCGCACUGCCUGAUCUAGCCUGAAAAAUAAGCUUUUUAUAACGCUAUUUGAGCAAAGAAACAACAUUUAUGAUACAGUUGUCAGAUUUCUUUGGUGAUUUCAAAUAUGAAAUUUAAUAGUAAGAGAAUUUGAUGUUUCCCCAUUCAAAGAGAUAGGAGCUGCACUUGCGUGCCCGAGAGACGUUUCAAAGAUGGCCGCCGAGUGACACGACUUGUCUUAAAGAGACUUUGGCAUAAUAUCCCACCCUUCCUGCAUAAUCACUCUCCAAAGCCACGCCUUCAAGAGGCUGACCAGCGACGGCGUUGCUGUCAGAUUAUUUCAUGUUUCAUUCGCCGGUGAGAAGACAACAAUGUGUUGUUUUUGAACCAAAUCACCUACCCUGCCUUUAAAUUGUUUCUAAUUGACCGAGCGUUGCCUAAUAACACACAAAUCAAUAAAACAGAUUUUACAGAA